AUGUCUGUCUCAAACUCCGGUGUUUGGCUGCUCGAAAGUGGCGGCCAAUUCGUCGUCAAAGAGGCCCCUUUCUCCAAGCCUGGCGACGAUGAAGUUCUGAUCCAGAAUAAGGCUGUUGCCAUUAAUCCGAUGGACUGGAAGAUUCAAGCCUUCGGGCCUCACCUCCCCUUUCCCGCCCACUACCCGUUCAUCAUCGGUUCCGAUGUCGCUGGAGAGGUUUAUGAAGUCGGUAAAGAUGUGACUGCCUUCAAGAAGGGCGAUCGUGUCAUUGGGUUGGCCAACUGGUUCCUGACAAACGAUGUUAAAGACAGUGCUUUCCAGCACUACAGCAUCUGCAAGGCCUCCGUUGUCGCCGCUCUUCCUGAUAACAUCUCCUUCGAGGCUGGCAGUGUUCUUCCUCUCGGUCUUUCUACUGCUGCCAUGGGUGUCUAUCCAGCUGGUCGCUUGGAGCUGCCAUUGCCCGAUGCCACCAGGCCCAGUACCAUUGACAAGGUCGUGCUGAUCUGGGGUGGUUCGUCUAGCACUGGUAGCGCUGCUAUCCAGCUGGCUGUUGCCUCUGGUGCAACUGUUAUUGCUACUGCAUCCGAGAAGAACUACGACUUUGUCAGGAGUCUCGGAGCCGCUGCUGUGUUUGAUUACCGAAAGGAUACCAUCACUGAGGAUCUGGUCCAGGCAAUCAAGGAUACUCCCGGUGACUUUGUUGGUGCGCUAGACGCCAUUGCAGAGGAAAAGACCUGGAGAGCCUGCGCAGAUGUUGUCAAGGGCCUUGGUGGUGGACGUGUUGUUAGCAACCUGCCUGUUGGAUUUACUAACGUCCCUGAGGGUGUUGAGGUUGUGGGUGUCUACGACACUGCUCACCUCUCCAACAACAAGGAGAUCGUCGAAGCAGUUUGGGGCAAGUUUGUCCCCGUAGCACUCAAGAAUGGAAGCUUGAAGCCUGUCCCUGAGCCAUUGGUGAUUGGAAAGGGGUUGGAGAAGAUUCCAGAGGGUAUUGCUUUGUGCCAGCAGGGUAUUUCCGCUGGAAAGGUCGUUGUUGACUUGUAG